CCGUUCCGUUCAGCGGUUAGACUUCCGUUCGCGUCGAGGAUCUCAGAUCUAGGAGCGUGGAUUGUAAAGGAUAUAUUUCUCUAGGUCUUUAUUUCUGUUUUGUUUUGUCCAUUAACUCGGUCCACCAUGUCAGGACGCGAGGCCCUCAACAUGAAGCUGCCGCCGAUCCAGUCCACGGCCGGAGCCGUGCCGAUCCGCAAUGAGAAAGGUGAGAUUUCCAUGGAGAAGGUGAAGGUGAAGAGGUAUGUCUCCGGUAAGCGUCCCGACUACGCUCCGAUGGAGUCGUCGGACGAGGAGGAAGAGGAUUUCCAGUUCGUGAAGAAGGGGAAGGACGCUGAACCGGAGCUGGAGGAGGAGGAGGUGUCGGAUCCUCGUCUCAAACGUCUGCUGAACCGGGUGUCUGAGGAUGUGGAGGAGAGGCUGGCGAGACACAGACAGAUCGCGGAGCCCGAGCUGAUCGCCGAGAGCAGCGAGGACUCGGACGAGGGAACCUGGCACCCGGAGCGAGAGGAGAGCAGCGAAGAGGAGGAAGAAGAGGAGGAAGAGGAGGAAGAAGAAGUUGACGAUGAGGAAAUCGAGAGGCGGCGACAGAUGAUGCGCCAGAGGGCUGAAGAGCGGAAGAACGAGGACAUGGAGAUCAUGGAGGUGGAGGAGGAGGGGAAGUCGGGGGAGGAGGCCGAGUCGGAGUCGGAAUAUGAGGAAUACACCGACAGCGAGGACGAGGCGGAGCCAAGGCUGAAGCCCGUCUUCAUAAGGAAGAAGGACAGGGUCACGGUGGUGGAGCGCGAGGUGGAGGAGCUGAAGGUGAAGGAGCUGGAGGUGGAGGCCAAGAAGCAGGUGGAGGAGCGGCGGCGCUACACGCUGAAGAUCGUGGAGGAGGAGGCCAAGAAGGAGUUUGAGGAGAACCGGCGCACGCUGGCCGCUCUGGACGCCCUGGACACGGACGGGGAGAACGAGGAGGAGGAGUACGAGUCCUGGAAGGUCCGCGAGCUGAAGCGCAUCAAGAGGGACCGCGAGGCCAGAGAAGCCAUGGAGAAGGACAAGGCGGAGAUCGAGAGGUUCCACAACCUCACAGAGGAGGAGCGCCGAGCAGAGCUGCGUAACAGCGGCAAAGUCAUCACCAACAAGGCGUCCAAGGGCAAAUACAAGUUCCUGCAGAAGUAUUACCACAGGGGAGCCUUCUUCAUGGAUGACGAGCAGGACGUGUUCAAGAGAGACUUCAGCGCUCCCACACUGGAGGACCACUUCAACAAAACCAUUCUACCCAAAGUCAUGCAGGUCAAAAACUUUGGCCGUUCCGGACGCACCAAGUACACCCAUCUGGUGGACCAGGACACCACGUCGUUCGACUCGGCCUGGGCCCAGGAGAGCGCCCAGAACACAAAGUUCUUCAAGCAGAAGGCGGCCGGGGUGAGGGACGUGUUCGACAAGCCCACGGUGAAGAAGAGGAAGGCGUAGAGCCGCGCCAACGCGGACGCCUGUCUCGCCAGGCCACGUUUCGAAAGACUUUUGAGUGGAGAUUUUGGGCACGUAAUCACGUCCCUCUUCAGAUGCGUCAGAACAGCGUUAUUCUUUUUUAAUACUGCACUCCGGUUGGAUGAGUCGAUCAUUUCUCAAGAGAUUUAGGUCACAAUACUUUAUCAGAUAUGGUUGGAUUAAGUUGAAUAGUAAUACUCAAUGAAUCGUGCUUUUAGUGGCCACUAAAAGCUAGCGGCUAUUUACCAUAAAUUUUGAUCCAUGCUCAAAAUUGUCCAAGGGACAAUGUCGUUUUGUACAGUGUUCUGCAUUGACUUCAAAUAUCCACUUUUUCAAUAUAUUUCAAUGCAACUGUGGUGUUGAUACAUUAUUGUUAAUAAAAUUCAUUGUUUGAUUAAUCUCAGAUCCAAACUCUUAGAAUAUAUAAAUUAUUUUAUUGCCUGUUUGGAGUAUGCAGGAUGUUUUAAGGACUAAGGCAACCAUGAUUGGAUCCCUCAACCAUUUCAUGCCCAUAUAACAGGAUUUAUGUUGCACAUGCAUGUCAUUGUUUAAAACGAUUCUGGAAAUGUCAUUGUAAUGUGAUCACUUUCCCAGUCAUAACACUUAAUAGUGGAUCAGAUCUAUUGGUCUGAAAAUCAAAUUGAGUCUUGAGCUUUCAAUUAAUGGCCUCGAUUUUGGUUAUAGAUGCAUUCGUUGAUCGAUACUGGUAGGCUUAUUGUUUGUAGAUUGUAAAGAAAAAAACUAGGCUAACCAAAUGGGACAUUUUAUUAAAAAUAAAAAAAGCUUGGUGAGGAGAAUGUCAACAGUUGUCGGGCCAGUUUACGAGGUCAACAUGGGUCGGGUGUGUAAGCUAUGUGAUGAAGGUAUAACAGUCCAAUCCUCAGUUUGUCAGGGCCACCAGAGCCUCCACGACGUUCCCCAUGUGUUCCCUGAGACUGCGCUCCGCCACGCCCCUGGAAAUCUCCAUCUCCGACAUCUGUGGAUCAUCACAAAUCAUAGGAACCAAAUCAGUACACCUUCAAGCUAUAGCGUAUAUACAAGAGUGGGUAUCACCAAUAACUAUACCAUUGCACUGUAAACCAUAUCCAUCAGAAUGAAGCAUGAACCACGCCUAUGAAUAGAUCCUGAC